UACAGUAAUGAAAUCCAAAUUUUUUUUCCAGGUGCGGGAAUGCGAUACAGAGACAGCUAUGAUCCAGAUAUUAUACAAAUGGCCCCAUUCUAUCUUCUCCCCUCUGCUUUUCCCAGACGGGAAUUUGACCGUGUAGUGAAGCUGCAGCCCCUCAUCAAUCUGCUGAUGCACAAUAUUGCUCACGAUGAUGAGUUUUUAGAAAAUUGUCUUAGAAAAACCAUUAGGGUUGAUGACUUCACUGCAAGGCUUUGGAAAAUAUACACAACAGUGAGAGAUGAGGGGAUGACCCAGGAGUUGAGUUUGGGCUUGGUGCGGUCGGAUGUAAUGCUGACCAAAUGCCAUGCUGGGUGCUGCAAGCUAUGCGAGACCCCGCCUUAUGUCGCAGGGCACCAGGUGGAGGUCAACACCAUCGCCUCAGGAUUUGGCCACUUGGGACCAAUUUCCGGGAGUAUCAAUAGGUACACGAAGGACAUUACACAAAUCACAGGGACUGCAUUAGAGAGGACUUUUGUAUAAUCAAGAGCUGCCUGCAAAUUAGUUUGGAGCAAGAAGUUGGAACAGCUGCAAUUUCAACUCAUAAACUUAAUUAUAACAAAAUUCCUCUUUAAGGGGCGCAUAUCCCUGAACUGUUGCUUUUCAACCAAUUUUGCUGAUAUUUUAAUAUUAUAGCAUGUUAUAAUACAAUAUGUCCUUACAAAUAAAUUUUCAUUGCUGUCUGAGUGAUUGUUUUAGAAAUAAAUCAGUUUACAUAGUUCCAUAUUUUUUCACUAUUUAAAAUACGUAGUGUAUAUAGAAUGAAGAGGGCUGUACCUUCAGGAAUGCACUAAUUCAUAUAACUUUUUAACUAAUCAAAAGUUUCUCAAUAAUGUGGAGAAAAUAAAAUAAAAAAAACUUUAACCGGAAUGGUAUUGGCAUGGAUAAGUGCAAAGACAAAACUACCAAAUCUGACAUAUUUUGAAAACUACCUCAAAGAGGAAUGAAAGUUUUUAUAUAAGGAUACAGUACAUUGUAGCAUGUUAUACCAUCUUUAAAUACUGUAUUAGAAAAUUGGAAGCUAAAAACUCUUUGCUCUGUACAGGGAGGGUACUAAAAUAAGAGAUUUGAAUAUGCAGAAAUUAAUUUUUAAACAGUCUGACAAGGCCAAAAUUCCAAAAGGUGUUGCCACCAUAAUUAGAUUUUCUAAUAUUUUUUUUUUUUCCUGUUCAGGGCUAUGCCUCCUUUAGCCUGUGAACUUGAUAGAUAGUUACCAAGUAGAUUGUCAUUCAGGUUGCAACUUUGUUUAUUUUAUAAGAAUAAUUUUAACAUUUAAAUUACAACCAAAAGCAUAGCUUACAAAUUAAAUCUACAUUACACAUGUACGAAUAUCAAUUGAUACAAAGAUACUCACUACUAAUAAUUAGUUUCAUCAAAUAACUAUGCAAAUAACUAUCAAAAAGCUAAACAUUCCAUGGCUUCCCUAGGGCUUCCUCAGAUCAGUUAAUAAGAAACAUAAUGGUGACAAGUGUAGAGUAGUCUCUCUCUCCAAAGAAAUGAUCCAAAAGCAAAAUCUAUUUUCUAAUAAUUUUAAGAACUCUAAAGAGCUGACAAUCCUCUCUCAAAUCAACAACAACAACAACAAAAAAAAAUUCCCUUCCAGAGCGAAGGAACAUUCCCUCAUCUACUGAUACUGUGAUUGAGGUUAAACAAUUUCUUCUCUUCACUAGGAACUAAUCUUGCAAACAGCAUCCCAGAUACCAAUAUAAACAUCAGUAGAUCUUUGACUGAUAUUUACCUAGGCUCCAUCUAUUUGUCUUCUACCACAACCUCUGAAAUAGCAUGCAUCAAUCAAUUAAAUUACUACAAUAAUCAGCUAGUAUCAUAGAAGUAAUACCUUUCAUUGUUUAUAAGAAAGUUGUGCACACAUGUGCUAUCUUCACUUAUUUCAAUACUUUUCAAUAAAUCACUUGAAUAACACAUUCUUUCAGACUACCUCAUAAAGGAAAAAGGAUAAUAUUCAUCCACAUAGGUGGUACUCUAGCUAAUAUUAACAAUUGCAGACCAGUAUCUAAUCUAUAAACACUAUCAAAAAUUCUUGAGAAUGUGAUUCACAAGCAGCUGUACUUGUACUUAUUGAAAUAUAAUGUGCUCACUCCUUGUUAUUUUGAAUUCAGAUCCCCAAUAAAAUAUUAAUGAAACUGUUACUUUUUUAAAAAUUCAUUACUUAUAAGAAACAGAUACACUAUUGGACGUUUGAUUGAUCUGAAUAAUGCUUUUGAUAUGGUUGACCAUAAUAUUAUUCUUUAUAAACUUAAUCACCAUAGACUCAGAGGACUCACAUAAAACUAUGUUAAUUCCUACUUAACAAACAGACAAUAGAAUGUAGUCAUAAAUGGCAUUUUCUCAACUACCCUGUCAGGACAUUAUAUAGAGGGAAACCUAAAUAAAAUUUGAGAAUAAAUUUUGUCUGCAAUUAGACAUCAAAAUUUAUAAGUCUGAAAUAGUGGAGUUAAGAUGAGGGUGAGUUCCUAGGUCUGCUUGAAGAUGAUGCAUUAAAAUUUAAUGCUCAUAUCGAGCUCAUAUCAAAUAAGUACCGACAACUAUUAGCGUCCUCUCCAAAAUUCACCAUUAUGUUCCUUGUCUAAAUUACUAACACACUGCUACUCUUUUAUUUACUUAUACCUCGCCUAUAAAAUUUGUGCGUGGGGUUCUAAAUAUUAACGCUAUUCUUACUUCCUGCUGCUAUUGCCACAUCUUCAAAACACUACGCAGUAAUGCUGAUGGAGACCUCACACACUUUCUGCAAGACUGUAACACAAUACACAGGCCUUACACUUAAAACAAAUACAGCACCUCUUUCCUAUUACUCAUAUUUACCUGAACCUUUACUGAAACUCAAUGCAAAUUAAAGGGCCAUAAAUGGGAAUUAACUUGGCAGAUGAAUGGAAAAAUUGUUACAUAGUGAAUUUUAACAAAAAAUUUUGAAAUUUUUGUGUGCAUACUGUAUUUCCUUGAAACAAUUCUAAUGUAACUCCUUAAAUUGCUAUUAAACUGUUAUGCCCAAAUAUUAAAUUCCACCAUUUUCCUUAUUUUUUUAUUACAAUAAUUUCUCUAACAAUUAUUACUUCAUUAUUUCUUAAUCUCAUAAGUGCUUAAUUUUUCACUAAAAUUUGAAUUACAGUGCCAUAAAAUAUUAUGUUUUUAGUUUGUCCAACAUUUAUAUGUGUUGCCCAAUGUGAAU